AUGUCUGGAGAAAAGUCUGUUGGUAUUGAUUUGGGUACUACAUACUCUUGUGUUGGUGUUUGGCAAAAUGACCGUGUUGAAAUUAUUGCAAACGAUCAAGGUAACCGUACAACACCUUCUUAUGUCGCCUUUACCGAUUCAGAACGUCUUAUUGGUGAUGCUGCCAAGAAUCAAGUCGCCAUGAAUCCUCACAACACAGUUUUCGACGCUAAGCGUUUGAUCGGUCGUCGUUUCAAUGAACCUGAAGUUCAAGCUGAUAUGAAGCACUGGCCCUUCAAAGUAAUUGAUAAGGAUACUAAGCCUAUUAUUCAAGUUGAAUAUAAGGGAGAAACCAAGACUUUCACUCCCGAAGAAAUUUCCUCAAUGGUCCUUAUCAAGAUGAAGGAAACUGCUGAAGCUUAUUUAGGUACCUCUGUUAAGAAUGCAGUCAUCACUGUUCCUGCUUACUUUAACGAUUCUCAACGUCAAGCUACUAAAGAUGCUGGUUUGAUUGCUGGUUUGAAUGUUCAACGUAUUAUUAAUGAACCUACUGCGGCUGCUAUUGCCUAUGGUUUGGAUAAGAAGGUUGAAGGUGAACGUAAUGUCCUUAUUUUCGAUUUGGGUGGUGGUACCUUUGAUGUUUCCCUCUUGACCAUUGAAGAUGGUAUCUUUGAAGUCAAGGCUACCGCUGGUGAUACUCACUUGGGUGGUGAAGAUUUCGAUAACCGUCUUGUCUCUCACUUUAUGCAAGAAUUCAAGCGUAAGUUUAAGAAGGAUAUCUCUGGUAAUGCUCGUGCUGUUCGUCGUCUUCGUACUGCCUGUGAACGUGCUAAGCGUACCUUGUCCUCUGCUGCUCAAACUACUAUCGAAAUCGACUCCCUCUUUGAAGGUAUUGAUUUCUACACCUCCUUGACUCGUGCUCGUUUCGAAGAAUUGAACCAAGAUCUCUUCCGUAACACAAUGGAACCUGUCGAGAAGGUCCUUCGUGAUGCCAAGAUUGACAAGUCCCAAGUUCAUGAUAUUGUCCUCGUUGGUGGUUCUACUCGUAUUCCUAAGGUUCAAAAGUUAGUCUCUGACUUCUUCAAUGGUAAGGAACCCAACAAGUCUAUCAAUCCUGAUGAAGCCGUUGCUUAUGGUGCCGCUGUUCAAGCUGCCAUCCUUUCCGGUGAUACCUCUGAAAAGACCCAAGACUUGCUUCUUUUGGAUGUUGCUCCUCUUUCCCUUGGUAUUGAGACCGCUGGUGGUGUUAUGACUGCUCUUAUCAAACGUAAUACAACUGUUCCUACCAAGAAGUCCGAAAUCUUCUCUACCUAUGCUGAUAACCAACCUGGUGUCCUUAUCCAAGUCUUUGAAGGUGAACGUGCCCGUACCAAGGAUAACAACUUACUUGGUAAGUUCGAAUUGACCGGUAUCCCUCCUGCUCCUCGCGGUGUUCCUCAAAUUGAAGUCACCUUUGAUGUCGAUGCUAACGGUAUCUUGAACGUCUCUGCUCUCGAUAAGACCACUGGUAAGUCCAACAAGAUCACCAUUACCAACGAUAAGGGUCGUCUUUCAAAGGAAGAAAUUGAACGUAUGGUGAAUGAAGCUGAGAAAUAUAAGGCUGAAGAUGAAGCUGCUGCUGCUCGUAUCCAGGCUCGCAACGGUCUUGAAUCUUAUGCUUAUAAUCUCCGUAACACACUUAAUGAUGAAAAGGUAGGCGGUGCCUUACCUGCUGAAGACAAAGAAAAGAUCAAGAAUGCUACAGAUGAAACUAUCAAGUGGCUUGACGAUUCUCAAGAAGCCUCCAAGGAAGAAUAUGAAUCUAAACAAAAGGAACUUGAAGAGAUUGUGAAUCCUAUCAUGAUGAAGUUCUAUCAAGCUAAUGGUGGUGCUGCCGCUGCUGGUGGUGCUGCUCCCGGAGGUUUCCCUGGUGCCGCUCCUGGUGGUGCCUCCACUGACUCUACUGAUGGUCCUUCCAUUGAAGAAGUUGAUUAAGUUUACUAUUCAUAUUUAACAUUUUUGUCAUAUAAUUUGUAUAUUUUGUGCUUUUUUUUUUAAUGUUUAAUACUCAUCCAUUUUACCCCCCCUUCUACAUCUUUUGUUAUAUAUACAUAUAUACUUUAUUAAAAUAAAAGAAUAUAGAAUUAAUUCUUAAUGU